AUGACGCAGUUUCUUCCGCCGAAUUUGCUCGCUCUCUUCGCACCGCGUGAUCCAAUCCCGUACCUUCCUCCUAUCGAGAAGCAUAAAAAUCAUCGGAAACUUCCUUAUACUGGCAUAGCUCAGUUCCUUGGAGAGUUUGAGGCGAGUUUUGUAUUGAUCCAUCCGAAACACCUGCACCUACUCGAAUUGAAACUAGAGAAGAGAGAAAAGCACGAAAACGAAAAGAAAAACAGGAACAAGCCAAUUACAAACUCGAAAGAGACCUUGCCCUCUGUAAUUUUUGUCUGUUUGCGACUUAUUUUGAUAGGGAACCCCAAAAAACUCGCUAGUGGUACAACCAACGCGUAUAACACCUUAUUUGUUGCAAGGCUUAACUAUGACACCUCAGAGCACAAGUUGCGUCGUGAGUUUGAUGUCUAUGGUCCGAUCAAGAAGAUAUGUAUGGUCAAAGACGCGGCUACUGGGAAGCCUCGGGGUUACGCGUUCGUUGAAUUCGAGCAUGAACGAGACAUGCAUGCUGCAAAUAAGGAUGCCAACGGACGCAAAAUUGAUGGUCAUCGAAUUCUCACCGACAUUGAACGCGGUAGAACUCGGCCAGACUGGCGACCCAGGCGAUUAGGUAAGGGCCUUGGUAAAUCUCGAAGUGGUCCUAGCGACUCGCGUCGUGACGACAAAAAGCGCGACGAGGACAGGGACCGGGAUAGACGAAAACGCAGUAGAUCCCGCGAUUACCGCGACCGCCGACGAAGAAGUCGUAAGUUUAACCUAUGUAGCCUUUACUGUGAUGGCUGUAAACGCUCUAACUUUUCCGAGUUUAUUUUUAAUCAAGGAAGCCGCGAAAGAAGACGCAGUGGUGAUCGCUCCCGCGAGCAUGGUCGCAGGGACAAGUAUCGCCGCGACGACAUGCUUCAAUACGGCGAAUAUGGCGCGGAAAUCAAGGCGGAAUACAAUGGAGACUACUAA